UGCAUUGCAGAGCGGUAGCUUUUUCUUCGUCUUCUGGCUUCAUCGCGACUAGACUUACAGCUCAAGUGGUAUUAGCAUCCGAGAUCCACGAGGCAAUCUGGCCUUUCUGCGCGACUGGCCUGCCCUUUCCCCUUGUCUUCCAACCACCCUCUGUGUCUCGACGACUCGAUGAUUAGAGGUUAAGAAGAGGAUCUGCGGAAGCUUGCUCUAUACUUCUUUUUUCUUUUCCCCUUGUAUUUUCUUUUUCUCCCGCGUUUCUGGACAUCCUCGUUGGAUCUCCUUAUUCUUUUUUCUUCUCCUUUCUCGCCGAGUGUCGUCACGCGCCUGGCUAUUAGACAACUUCAAGACCUUCUGUCAUCGAUUGAAGUCGGCUUUUAUAUUUGAGACAUUAUAACGAUAUUUGCUACGUCCGUCAAGUUUUAUUUUCAAUCUCUUAACGAUGAUGAACCCUUACAUCAGUUGGGCUCUCCUGCUCGUCGUGGCAGGUGGCCUGGGCUGGUACUACAAUGGCCCGAACCCCAAGCACAAGACCCCUAUAAAGCCCGUCGUAGAGAAGACGGAGCCCGCGCCGGCCGCAAAGAAGCCUAAGCGCAAGACCAAGAAGUCCCCGGAACCUACACCUGCCCCUAGCAAGUCGGUUGAGGAGAAGCCCGCAGUCCAGCCUGCUGUUUCGAAGUCUGAUGAGGCGGAUGAGGAGAUCGACAAGAAGGAAAUGGCAAAGCGUUUUGCCGCCGUGAAGAACGGAACUCCCGUGCAGUCUAGCGGCAGCGCCAGCGCUGGUGGCAGCAAGUCUCAGAAGAAGAAGAAGACCAAGGCCGCUCAGGUUGAGAACGGCGAGCGCUCUGCCUCCCGUGUCUCUACUCGCACCUCGUCUACUACCGGAGCCGAUGCCGAUGAUGACCUCUCCCCCGCUGGCUCUCCCAUGGUGAACGCCACUACUGGUUCCGCUGGAUACGUUUCGGAUAUGCUUGAAGAGCCCGCUCCGGGCGCAUCGGUUCUCCGUGUCACCGGUGCUGUGUCCUCGGAUGCCCCCAAAAAGCAGAAGCCCCAGUCCUUCAAGCAGGUUGAGACCAAGAAGCAGCGUCAGCAGCGUUUGAAGAACGAGGCCCGCAAGCAGCAGGUCCAGGAGGCCGAGGAGCAGAGACGUAAAUUGCUCGAGAAGCAGCUCCACAUGGCUCGCGAAGCUGAACGCCGUGAGGCGGGUAUCAAGCCGUCUCCUCCCCCGACCAACGCCUGGCAGACCAAGGCUGCUCCCGCAGUCACCAACGGCACCCCCAAGGCGGCCCCGACCCAGAAGGUGGAAUUGUUGGACACCUUCGAGUCGGAGACUCCCGUCGCUCAGGCUGCCCCCAAGAAGGAAUGGGACUCCGGUCUUCCUUCCGAGGAGGAGCAGAUGCGCAUUCUUGGCGUCCAGGACCAGUGGACCACCGUGUCCAGCAAGAAGACCAAGAAGAAGGGAGGUAAGACUGAUGAGAGCGAGGCUAGCGCUCCUGAAAGCCAGCCCGCUCCUGUUGCUGCUGCCCCCACUCCUGUUGAGCAGCCCAAGGUGAAGGUGACGCCCACCUACCUUCCCGAUAUCCUUCGCUCGGAUGUCAAGGGUCACCCCCUGGACUCCGACUGGGCUGCUUAAACCCUCCAUAGAUCAGACGGCACCGAAGCUAGCCCCGAGAGGCAUGCUUGUCUGUGAUUGAUUCAGGACGCCCGUAUUUCCUGAACUGUAUUUAUUACUCAUGGCUUUGGCGUUUGGGGCACUCCAUUAUACCAAAAACGUACCAUGUAUUCUGGCGAGUUGCUCAGAUCUGACCGUGAGAUUCAGCGGUGGCAGAAACGCAACGACUUGACCGAAGAAACACGCAAAAC